AUGGCACGUACCAAGCAGACUGCCUGCAAGUCUACCGGAGGCAAGGCCCCCCGCAAGCAGUUGGCCACCAAGGCAGCACGUAAGUCUGCCCUUGCUACCGGAGGUGUCAAGAAGCCCCAUCGUUACAGGCCCGGAACUGUUGCCCUUCGUGAGAUCCAUCGCUACCAGAAGAACACAGAGCUGCUGAUCCGCAAGCUGCCUUUCCAGCGUCUUGUCCGUGAGAUUGCCCAAGACUUCAAGACUGACCUCUGCUUCAAGUCCUCUGCUGUAAUGGCUCUGCAGGAGGCUUCCGAGGCUUACUUGGUUGGCCUCUUCGAGGAUAUCCAGCUUGCUCGUCGUAUUCGCGGAGAGCGCGCCUAA